AAUCGUCCUGUUUCUUCGUAGGGUUCGUCGGUGCCGAUUUUGCUCCAAUUCCAUAUUUCGAAAAUUUUUCGCACAGGCGGUAAACAUAUAGUGUUUGUUUACUUUCCACUAAACGAAUUAACGCGUGUGAUUAUUAUUAAUAACCAAAGUUUCCGAUUAGAGAUAAAUCCGAAUCCCCUCCAACCAAAACGAACCGUAUAAAAGCUCGCGGCUCGAUCGAAAAACGUUAUUUGAGUACGAUUCAUUAGUGGUGUGACAGUUCCGUCAGUUUUCGAAAAAUUUCGUGUGUUUGUUUAUCAACAGAACAUUCUUAAACAAAAAGAUGGCUUUUAUGAUGCCGGUAGUGAAGAACGAUUGGGACAUUUACAAGUCCAAUCGUAGUCGAAGGCAAUCCGAGUGUUCCAACACGAAUUCGUGCCGUUCUAGAAAAGUCUCUGAGUGUCGAUCGGAGGGACCGAGCAGCAUGUCAACUUCGCCCGAUUUCAUAACAUCCUCCCACCGAUCCGUUCCUGACAAAAUGUCCUCUAAACAGUACGGCAGGUCGUAUUCAGCCAGUUAUUCCAGGACAAGUUCAAACAGUUUACAGAGCCCUGUUAAAAGUACAGCCUCUUCACCACCAAAGAACUCUUCCUCUUCGAGUACAAGCUUGAACAAGUUUCAUAACAGGCUUCUGGAUAAACUGAAGAAGUCGAUGAAGCAUGGCAAGGAGGAAGAGAGAACGAGUUCAUGAUUUAAUGGGGCCAAGGAGGUCAAACAGGACGGUUCUGCGUCCUAGCAACGCCUAUAUUAUCGCUUCUUCAUUCAAGUGCACGUUAGUGUAGUGUUCCAGUUUCCAGUGUGCAAGUAAUGUAGGUUUAUUUUUAGGCCAGAUCUGAAUGAUUUAUAUCAGUCUUUCGGAAAGAGCUCUGUGUUUUCUCCAUCCCUGCACUUUUCGUUAUCAUUUUAAGUUAUUUUCGUUUAUUAAUCAUUAAAAAAAUCACUGAAUCAAUUUAAAUUAUGUGUCUAUUUAGUGUUUCAAGUAAAAGCAUGUUUGGGGAAAGUCAGAGCACUUCGUAUAUCAAGUGAUGAUAUUGAUAUGUUGCCUGUGAUAUGUAGUUUCGAUAUUUUUUGUCAUGAGACUUUAGAAUUUAUAUUCAAAACAGAUUUAUUAAUACCAUAAAUUAAAAAAAAAAUUUUUUACUUAAAUAGUAAAAAAAGAAAAAAAAAUAAUAGCUACAAUAUUUCACAAUAUUGUAAAGAGUGAGUAAUAUUUUCAGUAUUCUGUUUCAUACAUAUUCAUUAAUUAAUUAGAUUAAAUAUUUUUAUCAAUACUGUUUUUAUUAGUUAAGUGGAGUUUUCUAAAUGAGGGCAAUUAUUUUGAUGUAAUAAUAAAUCUCGAAAUUUCACCAAAUUUUGACUAAAUAAAGUUACAGAAUACGUAGGUACCUUUGAAAUUGAAAGCUGCUUUUGGCAAUGUAUAGGCAUUCUAGUUUGUAUAUGGUGUAUAGGUAGCUUUCAAUUUCAAUGUAACUUAAAAAUCUAAAGAUUUUUAUUUGUCAAUUUUUCGGUAAAACUUAAGUUUUGUAAGACUGGUUAUAGAAAAGAGUGCCUAUUGUUUAUUUUCAAUGAUAUUUUCUUUAUUGCUUUUAGUAUUAAGAACUUAAAUAUAUUCUAAAGGCUAUAAAUAAAUAUAUUUUGUGACCUGUUGUCUAUGUGGAAUAAAUUUACUGUAGGCUUUUCUGACUAUAUUUUUAUUUUAUUUAUUGUAAUGUAGAGUUGAGAUAUUGAUAUGGGGGUAACAAAUAGUUAAAUAUUGUAAUAAAAAAUGACUAAAUGGUUCUGGACAGUAUCUAAUACUAUUGUUAAAGAGCAUGUUCUUAUUUUCUUUAAUAUUAUGUUUCUUAUUUAUUAAUGUAGACAAAAUAUAGACUUACAUCAA